AUGAAGCCGAUCAUUGCGGUGCCUGCGACUCUGGCUCUAGUGUAUCGAGCCUGGUCUCGGAAGUCCCUAACACCGGUUGGAAUAGUUGCUGCCGCGCUCACGGCUGUGGUUCAUGCAUUACAUCCAUGCUCUGCGCCGUUUGCCUUCGUCGUCGUCUUUUUUUUGAGCGGUACCUACGUUACGAAGAUAAAACAUGACGUCAAGUCUAGACUGACUGUAUCUUCAUCUGGAUCCCUUGGAGGGGAGGGAGCUAGAACUCAUGUCCAGGUGCUAGCAAACUCUGUCGUCGCGUCAAUUUUAAUUCUUCUGGAUCUAGGUCGAUCACAUCAAGAGAAUCGGCCAGAGUCUUACUGUUUUCCGUACGGGGGAGAUUAUUUCAUGGUGGGGAUUACCGCGCACUACGCUGUCGUAGCUGCAGAUACAUUUUCGAGUGAACUUGGGAUACUUUCCAAAAGCCAACCCAGGCUGAUCACUUCAAUAACUUUCCGUAAAGUGCCUCCGGGCACUAAUGGCGGCGUUACUUUGACAGGGCUCCUGGCAGGUGCUUUUGGAGCCUUUAUCAUUGCAGUGACAUCUUUGAUACUUCCAUUCUGCCCCCUCGAUCCUGGAGAUGCUUCCACAAAGUCAGGUUUCGAAGGAGGGACAGCCUGGGGUUGGCGGGAGAAAGCUUUCUGGAUUGUAGCCAUCACGAUAUGUGGUACGCUGGGAAGCGUGGUGGAUAGCAUUCUAGGAGGUCUCUUCCAGGCGAGCGUCGUUGAUAAACGCACAGGCAAGAUUGUAGAAGGAGCUGGGGGGCGGAAAGUUCUCGUGCAUCCCGGCGAAUCAAUAAUAACCGGCCUUGAAGAACCAUCUAACCGAGAUGUAAGCAGGAUCCGUGUUGCGGAAGACAUUGCGAAUACCUUGACUUCUGCGCCAUCCCUGAGGAAGCGUCGCUCUUCUUCUUCUAGUUUGGGAAGCUCUCCUGACCUGGAGCAUGAAAGCCGCAAGAUUGAGGCUGGAUAUGAUUUGUUUGACAAUAAUCAAAUCAACCUUUUGAUGGCGGCAACAAUGAGCAUUUCCGCCAUGGUUGUUGCAUCGUACAUCAUGUAG